GCUGGACACAGUAGGAAAGGUAUUUACAUCACCAGGAAGAGUUUGGUCUCCCUGUUCCAGGGCAAUGAGCAAUGGAUAUUCAGGAUAUGAGUAAUAGAGAUCUUGAGUUAUUUUACUUUAUAGUAGUACCACAUGGAACUUUGUCCUGAGCUUGAGACCUCUAUAUUUCACUGUCUAUGGGAAUCCUGUCUUGGAUUUCUGAGGGCACCUGUGGGCCAAAUCAGACACUGCCUCUUACCAGCUUAUGAUUUUUCAAUGUAAUCCCAUCACCUAGAGAAUAAGACCCUACACUUAUUGUAUAAUGCCCCUUAUAAUCUGGCCUAAUUUCAAUUACUAAUAAUUCUCUCACACAUUACAUUUGUAUCUCCGUGUUUCACUCUUUACAUGAGACUCUCUUUCCACCUUUGUUGCCUGAUGACAUCCUAUUUACAGAGGAUUCUGCUUAGGCAUCUGCUGCAGGAAGAAAACCUUCACUGAACCCUACCACUGUCCUAAAUGUCCUCAAGUCUGUAUUCUCAUAGUAUCCUAUGAGUUUCUCAAUUUUUUAUCACAUCCCAUUUUAUAUUUAAAUGAUCUAUUUGUCCAUCUCUCACACUAACAAUCCAAGCUGGGGAAGGCUGGAUCAGAUCAUACUUACCUUUUGCAUCCCUAGUGCUUAGAUCAACACCUGCAAAGAAUAUUUCCUUUUUUUUUUUUUUUUUAAUCCAAAUGAACAACCUCGACUUUCUUCUGGUUGGUUAUGUUCUGAGAUCCUGUCAUGGAACUUGGUCUUUUAUCUCAGAAGUUGAAGGUUUUCAUAGAGCCAGCUGCACAGUUCCCAGAACACUAACAUCACCACAGCCAAUUACCAGGAGCGGGCUGCCCUGAAUCGGUCUCCCAAAACACAAAGUCCAGGGCUUGGAGAAGGAGCAGGAAAAGAACAAUGGAAGCUGACCAAUCCAGACUCCUGUUUCUAUUAUUUCUUUUCACAUGGAGACUAUCCCCAGAAGUUGCUGCAGAAGUUCAGGAAUCAUCAGAUGGUUCUGCUUCUUCCCAGAAAACUGUGUCACUCACAGAUGUCCCAGCGACCAUGGAAUUCAUUGCUGCUGCUGAGGUGGCUGUCAUAGGUUUCUUCCAGGAUUUAGAAAUACCAGCAGUGUCCCUAAUCCAUAGCAUGGUGCAAAAUUUCCACGAUGUGUCAUUUGGAAUCAGCACUGAUUCUGAGGUUCUGGCCCACUACAAUAUCACCGGGAACACCAUUUCCCUCUUUCGCCUGGUGGAUAACGAAAAACUGGAUUUAGAGAGCAAGGACAUUGAAAGGAUUGAUGCCUCCAAAUUAAGCCGUUUCAUUGAGAUAAACAGCCUCCACUUGGUGACAGAGUACAACCCUGUGAAAGCGAUUGGCCUAUUUAAUAGCGUGAUCCAGAUUCAUCUUCUACUGAUGAUGAACAAGGCCUCCCCAGAGUAUGAAGAAAGCCUACACAGAUACCAGAAGGCAGCCAAGCUCUUCCAGGGAAAGAUUCUUUUUAUUCUGGUGGACAGUGGUGUGAAGGCCAAUGGGAAGGUGAUCUCAUUUUUCAAACUAAAGGAGUCUCAACUGCCGGCUUUGGCAAUUUACCAGACUCUAGAUGAGGCGUGGGAUACGCUGGCCAUCGCAGAAGUUUCUGUGGAGCAUGUGCAAAACUUUUGUGACGGAUUCCUCAAAGGAAAACGGCUGAGAAAAAAUCAUGAAUCAGAAGAAAAGACUCCAAAGGCGGAACUCUGAUCUCUCCCUGAUACUUCUGCAUACUACUAAGUAUUUACAUGAAAUAAAAAAAGGGCAACUCAAACCUCAGAGUCACCAAAUAACAGGAUCGCCAGGCCUUACACACACGCGCGUGCACACACACACACACACACACACACAGCUCUCCGUUUUGUUCCUUAAAAUCUCAUUUACUCUCCUUAUCUUUUCUUUUAAAUUGUCUACACUCUCUUACUGCCCAUCCAGUAUUCUUCUACACAUUCAUACCAUGUAGUCCCAUACACCCACAACACACGUCACUGAAGGGUGCCUAUAAGAGAACUCCUGUGAUAUCUCUUUGAAGUGGAGACAUUCCUGGAGGGAGAUUGUUCUGAUUUGUCAUUUUCUAGUGAAUCUGUACACGGCACAGGACUUACACGUACAUCAUAGUUUCUGUUCUUUUAUGGUUACCAAGGGGUUGAAACUCUACUUUCUUUAUAAGCACAUGUCCCUCUCUAACUCAGGGCCAGGGACAAAAGGAAGGUCUUAAACACCUUUCUGGAAUUGUCUUUUUGCCAGAGUCAAAUGAUGUUUUCCAAGUCUCUAAACUCAGCCAAAACAAACCAUGUAAAAAUCCUAUGCUGGUUUAGUGUUCCUAACUCCCAUGUAAAUCAACAACCGUACAGUAAAUAAAAAGCAAUAACGUUAUAGGAAAAGA